GCUUUAAAUAUAUUUUGUCACCAUGCUUUGAAAAAAAGUGGAACUUAUUCUCCUUAUGUGUUUAUAUCCAUUGAAAUACCCACGAGUAGUGAGUGCAUUAUCUGAUAUUUCCUUUUGAUUUUCUUGCUUUUGUACUUCCAUGUUAUCUGUAGGCUCAUGUUGGGUUUCAUGGGGGUAACUGCAUUCCUGUCAAUGUGGAUAAGUAACACAGCAACUACAGCCAUGAUGGUCCCUAUUGUCCAGGCUGUUUUGAGCCAACUCAAUAAUACAGAGCAGGACCCGUCAAUUUUGGAGAAUACAGAAGGUCAAACAAAUCCAGGGUUGGAACUUGAGGAAAAAAAUUCUAUGGCAAUGACUUCAGUACAGGGUAUGUAUUUAUUUAAUUCAUUUGUACAUACAUAGGAGAGAUCAAUAAAUAAAGGUAAUGAAUACAAUACAUUUAAUCUGUACACUCAUAUGACACAAAUCAUUGGACAGCCUUACCUACUACUUAUCAGGAAUCAGGACACCCUAUUAUAUUUCUCUGUUUGUAUUCUGUAAUAUAAAACCUUUAAAGGGACACUGUAGGCACCCAGACCACUUCAGCUAAUUGAAGUUGUCUGGGUGUUGUGUCCCUAUUGCACUUAGUGCUGCAAUGUUAAACACUGGAGUUCCAGAGAACUGCAAUAUUUACAUUGCAGCUCUAAGUCUGCCCUCAGCCACUGGGGGCACUUCCAGAAUUCAAACGGAUCUUUGGUCCGUUAUCUGAUGCUGGAUGUCCUCACGCUCUGCAUGAGGACCUCCAGUGUCAGAUUUUCCCCAUAGGAAAGCCUUUUAACCCCUUCAGACUCGCGGGAGGGGGGGCGCGAGGGAGAAGGGCCCUAUUAAGCUUAUAGUGCCAGGAAAAUAGCUUUGUUUUCCUGGCACUAUAGGAUCCAUUUAAAUAUAUAUAUAUAUAUAAAUAUAUUUUUUUUUCUUUAUUGAUUUAAUGUAAUGUUUUUAGGUUACAGGUCAUUUUUAAAUGUUACAGAUUAACUGACAAAAUUGUGAUUUCGUGAGACAGCAUUCACAUUCCCCAUCUAAUUUAAUACGAUGCAAAAUUGUUUCAUGACUCAUUAAAAAUAGAAAAUGGCAAAUAUUUUCUUUAGUUUUGCAUAUGAUUAGUUGCUAAAAAAAAACACAAAUAAAACCAAUGAAAUAAAUGUACAAAUGUCAAAAUGUAUCCAUCUAAAACUUUAAAAUUGUGUAUCUAGAGGAGAUUUGUUAAUAAGUAAAUGUACAUCUAUAGAGUAAUCUAAUCUUUAUAGCAUUAGCUUAGAAACUCAUUCUUAAAUUGUAAUAUAAUGUAUACUAAAAAAGAUGUUUUGCAAUUUUAAGUUUUGGAGAGAUUCCCUUCACACUGAGGAAGGCAAUGCUGCUGCACUAGGCUAGUUGUAGUUGCCAGUCCCCUGGGUCCUGACAAAUACAAUAUACAUGUUAUAACCAAUGUGUUUUCAAUGAAUUGUCAUAGAGACUCGGAAUUUGGUCCCAACCCCGAGAUAAAGAGCCAUUGGAGUAGAAUAAUGAGUUUAAAGACAGUAUUUUUUAAUUAUAACAUAUAAUAUAAAAGUGAACAAAAAUCUAAAUGCACAUUUAAAAAAAAAAUCAGUUUAAGUAUAUAUAAUUGUGUUCUUUAUUGAUUUAUUGCACUAUUUUUAGGUUACAAGCCAACUUUAAAUGUAACACAUUAACUGACAAAAAUGUGAAUUCGUGAGAGCAUUCACAUUCACCACCUAAUUCAACACGAUGCAUAAUUUUUCCAUGGCUCAUCAAAAAUAAAAAACGGCAAAUAUUUUCUUUAGUUUUGUAUUCUUGUUAGAAUCAGUUAAUGCUGUUAUAGGAAGCACAUAAAAUGAAACUUCACCUUUACAUUUCUCUUUGGGUGUUUGCGGUACAAAAUUACUUAUUUAACGGUUGUAAUAAAACAUUUACUUUAACUUUUCAAUUCUUCCUAAAAGCUAACUUAAGUUCCACUUUCAAUAAUCAACCUUUGCACUUUUGAACCGCUUCCAAACCUGUCUGGUUUAAAAUAUCUGGUGUUUACAGAGCAGAAUUCAACUCAGUUGAAUAUCAAUCAGAAGUAUAAGCACAGAUAACCAGUCAAUCAACUGAAUAAUGUAAAGAAAUGCAACUAUUUGUAAUACAAUAGAUGUAUAUACACUGCUCAAAAAAAGAAAGGGAACACAAAAAUAACACAUCCUAGAUCUGAAUGAAUUAAAUAUUCUUCUGAAAUACUUUGUUCUUUACAUAGUUGAAUAUGCUGACAACAAAAUCACACAAAAAUUAAAAAAUGAAAAUAAAAUUGGAUUUGGAGUCACACCCAAAAUUAAAGUGAAAAAACACACUACAGGCUUAUCCAACUUUGAUGUAAUGUCCUUAAAACAAGUCAAAAUGAGGCUCAGUAGUGUGGCCUCCAUGUGCCUGUAUGACUUCCCUACAACGCCUGUGCAUGCUCCUGAUGAGGUGGCGGAUGGUCUCCUGAGGGAUCUCCUCCUAGACCUGGACUCAAGCAUCUGCCAACUCCUGGACAGUCUGUGGUGCAACGUGACGUUGGUGGAUGGAGCGAGUCAUGAUGUCACAGAUGUGCUCAAUUGGAUUCAGGUCUGGGGAACGGGCGGGCCAGUCCAUAGCAUCAAUGCCUUCAUCUUGCCGGAAUUGCUGACACACUCCAGCCACAUGAGGUCUAGCAUUGUCUUGUAUUAGGAGGAACCCAGGGCCAAUUGCACCAGCAUAUGGUCUCACAAGGGGUCUGAGGAUUUCAUCUCGGUACCUAAUGGCAGUCAGGCUACCUCUGGUGAGCACAUGGAGGGCUGUGUGGCCCCCCAAAGAAAUGUCACCCCACACUGACCCACUGCCAAACCGGUAAUGCUGGAGGAUGUUUCAGGCAGCAGAACGUUCUCCACGGCGUCUCCAGACUCUGUCACGUCUGUCACAUGUGCUCAGUGUGAACCUGCUUUCAUCUGUGAAGAACACAGGGUGCCAGUGGCGAAUUUUCCAAUCUUGGUGUUCUCUGGCAAAUGCCAAACGUCCUGCACGGUGUUGGGCUGUAAGCACAACCCCCACCUGUGGAUGUCGGGCCCUCAUACCACCCUCACGGAGUCUGUUUCUGACCGUUUGAGCAGACACAUGCACAUUUGUGGCCUGCUGGAGGUCAUUUUGCAGGGCUCUGGCAGUGCUCCUCCUGUUCCUCCUUGCACAAAGGCUGAGGUAGCGGUCCUGCUGCUGGGUUGUUGCCCUCCUACGGCCUUCUCCAUGUCUCUUGAUGUACUGGCCUGUCUCCAGGUAGCGCCUCCAUGCUCUGGACACUACGCUGACAGACACAGCAAACCUUCUUGCCACAGCUCACAUUGAUGUGCCAUCCUGGAUGAGCUGCAUUACCUAAGCCACUUGUGUGGGUUGUAGACUCCGUCUCAUGCUACCACUAGAGUGAAAGCAUCGCCAGCAUUCAAAAGUGACCAAAACAUCAGCCAGGAAGCAUAGGAACUGAGUAGUAGUCUGUGGUCACCACCUGCAGAACCACUCCUUUAUUGGGGGUGUCUUGCUAAUUGCCUAUAAUUUUCACCUGUUGUCUAUCCCAUUUGCACAACAGCAUGUUAAAUUGAUUGUCACUCAGUGUUGCUUCCUAAGUGGACAGUUUGAUUUCACAGAAGUGUGAUUGACUUGGAGUUACAUUGUGUUGUUUAAGUGUCCCCUUUAAUUUUUUUGAGCAUAGUACAUAUAUAUUUAAUAUGAUUUAAAUAAAUGUUACUUCUUUGUAGGAAUAGAAGUCCUAUGAGUACUCCAGUGUGUUAACUUUACACAACAUUUUUAUUGUGCAAAAUGCCAUAUUUAGGCCAAUGAUUCUUGACCAGUUAUAUGUAAAUUUAAACCUACCCAUAGUUUAUACACAAAUUAAACUUAUACAUACAUUUUAGAGCAUAUCUAGAGAUUUUUUUUUUACAGAUUAACUUAACUUCGUAUUCCUUCCAUAUUGAACUUUGAUAACAUACAGGAGGAUCCUGCAGGGUUUAGCAAACUAUUAACAGGGCAGAAAAUAAGAAAUUCUAAAUUAAACAGAAUUUGCAAUAAAGGAGGUGUUCACAUUAGAUGACUCUUUACAUGAAGUAUUUAGGAAUGCUGUGCAAGUCGCAUGCAGGGAGCGUGUGGAGGUGUGCCUGGGGCUGCAUAAACAAAGUGAUUUAACUCCCAAAUGACAGAAUCAAGCAGUGAGACUGCAGAGGCCUUAUUUAUACACCAAAACGUCUUCAUUAAGCUAAAGUUGUUUUGAUGGCCAUAGUGCCCCUAUAAUACUGGGCUAUGGCUUUAAAAGUUUAAAUCCCUUGCUGAUUCACCACAAUGCUUGAUUUAUUUCAUUCUCAAUAAUUGUUUAUGUAUUAGAUAAUUCCUAGCAAUUGGCCAGAUACUGUGCAUGCAUGGAUUUUGAAAAAAUAUUUUUACACUAAACUAAAGCGUCUUUUUUCUGAUUUUUUUCUUUUUGUUUUCCUUUCUUUGCGUCUCAUGUAUUUUAAUAAUUACACUCCCCACUUGCCUUUAGUUAUUUUUAAUAUUUUUUUUCUUCCUUGCGUCGGAUCUUAAUACCCUGGGGACCUCUAUUUUGUUCCCCUCUGUCAAUGAUGUCUGCUGUUUGCCCUGGGGAUUUUAUGGACUGAUGGAUUGUAGAUAAAUCAGGUUAGCAACUUAAAUGGAACUUUGAUAAAGAUUUGAUAAUUUUUUCUUAUGUAUAAAUAAAAACUAAGGUGAAUUAAAAAUAAAUAAAAUCAAAUAGAACUACAAAGAAAAAAGAUUACUUUAAAAGCUAAACCUGCAAAGUAGCAUGCUGCUUUAAUGUCUGCUUUUCUUCUACAGUUAUCACCAAUGGAUAUGUGCAAGAAGUGCCGAGAACUGUUACGGAGAAAGAGGAGACAAAGCAUAUCAAUAAAGGAAUGAUGCUGAGUGUUUGCUACGCAGCAAGUAUUGGAGGGACGGCAACCCUCACUGGAACAGGGCCCAAUCUUGUUCUAAAGGGACAAUUCAGCCAGUGAGUACACAUAGUACUGUGGGAGAGGUCUGUGUGUUUUCGCUAGAAAUGUCUUCUUGCUAAAACAUGUGUUUUGGCUACAUAUGUGUUUUAACUAGAAAUGUUUUCAUGACAUACCCAGUAUAUGUUUAAAAAUACAGAAUUACUAAAAUAACACAUGACAAAUAUGACGUGAGCAUAAAAACUGAAAAACACUGUGUGUAAGAAACUAAAGCUGCAAUAAAGAAAAUCUGGUAAUUUAUGAAGAAUAAGAUGAGUUAGAUUUGGAGCAUAAAAAAUAUUAUCCGGGGGCGGGGGCGGUCCGCCAUGCUAGCUGGCUGCAUGUCAGCACAGCUCUUGCAGUUUAUGGAGUUUGCUCAAAUACAACUUCUACAUAAACUCACCCAAAGCCAGGAAAUUAACAGAAGACAAUAUAAGAGACUACUGGGGCCACAGUACUCCUCUAAAUCUGGUGCGUUGGAACUACUACGAAACACUGCAGGUUCUGUGGCUUACUUAAGCUGGGAGCGUAGUGGACGGCCACCGCUUUUCUCUUUCAUGCCUGAGUGCUGUGCAGCAGUGCCUUGUAUACUAUCUUCCUGGCCCUGUUCUCCCCCUCCCCAUAUGGGCCAUAUGGGGGUUAUCCCGGUCCCUGCUGGAGGGCUCCAAAGCUGUCAUCGAAUGGGCCUGUAUACUCACCAAAAAUUGACAUCCAAGAUGGCUGACGCCACAGCCCAUACAGAAUCAGGUUCACCUCCUAGUCGACGGAGGGGCAUCACAAAGCUGGAUCACCAAGGUGGAUCACCGCGGUUCCUGUUAUUUACUCUGACCCACGCGGUCCCAUCGCAACGCUGAUCAACUGAGGCUUGUGUCUAGGUCCUGCAUCCACUUACCUGGGCCUCAAGUCUCGUGGGGUAGAACUCCCUAUCACAGACCUGCUCCAAGGAGAGUGGCUCACCAGUGAGAGAUGAGCUUCUUCGGGAAUACCGAUCGCGGCAUAUUAGAGGAUCAGAUUUGGGGCCAUUAGAUGAUGGCUCGAAAGAGCCUUGGGGCUGGUGGGACGGUCUGAGCUGUACACAUUUCUAUGCUGGAACUUUAUCAACAUACCUACCAGAGAUAGCGAAGGUCAGAGGUCGGAUUCUGUUCCUAAUCUGCACUUACAUGUAGUCUCCUCAUUUAAAGUGACUAUAAUAAGCAUGAUCAAAGUUCUAAGCUUCCUGAGGCUCCAGCAGUUUAUGUCAACCUGAAUUUUCACUACUGAGUCUUUACAUGUUCUAUUUCCUUUUCUUAUCUCACUCACCAUCUACCACUUUUUGCAUAUCUUUCAAUCUAAUCGCCAGGUACAUGCCCAGCAACGUAGGCAUAGCAGAAGUCCAGUAACCUAUGCAUGCACCUAUUUGUUUCUUCAGUCUCUGUGAAGAUAUGCUUUUUACUAUUAAUGCUCAUCUUAUUUAUACUCUUGUUUUACAUUUACAAAAAAAGUGCAGCAUAUCAUAUUUUAAGCUGGAUACCAAUUUUUGUGGCUUCAAAUCUUGUAAACUGAAAUAUCCAUGCUGUAACUAUGCACAACAAAAAAAAACUAUAUAUAUAUAUAUAUAUAUAUAUAACUAUCCACUAAAGUGUGAAUUUUAAAUUUUCAGGCCAAAACUACUAACUGAAAACACAGGUCGCGUGAUGAUUUUUCCAAUCCGACUAUUGCUCUUAAAAUUUUUAAUUAUUUUCAAUUCGCUUUAAUUUCCUAGCAGCUCACGCUUUAGUAACUACCCCUGAUGUCUUGAUCUAUUUAAAAAAAAAACUGCUAAAAUAAAGAUGCCUUAAAGAUUUUUGUUAAAUUUUUUAUAAAUCUACUAUGGUAUCAUCCAACAUCGAAAAUUACAAAAUGCUUGAUGUGUUUCACAUCUUAAUUGGGCAACAUAACUAACAAUAUAUAUCUGCCUAUUUCAAACCCUUAUAUAUUGUUUGAGCAGGGCCUUCAAACAUUCCCUUAUUAUAAUUUUACAAUGCUGUGGAAAUUCAGGGCCGGGCGUCCUAUAGGUUAAUUAGGCGUCCGCCUAGGGCACCUUCGUAGGGGGGGUGCCAGCAGUGGCUUUACUGCUUGUCUGGCCGCCCCCCUAUCAAGUGGGAUUGAUUUAUAUAUAGCGGACUGCGGCGGCCGCCAGCCGCAUUACCGGGCGCUAGGGAGCACUUACUGGUAGACUAGCGCCCGGUAGAACAACAGUCUGGCAUUUACCACAGCCUACAAAGUCAGGACCCCUCUCCCAGUCAAGCACCACGGCAGCCAAGGACGUGUGGACAACGGGGCGGGAGAAUAACAGGAAAUGGGUCUUGGGAAAAAAGUGUCGGCCACUGGGCGCAGUGAAGAAGACAGAAAUGAAGAGCAAAGUGCAAUGAAGGCAAGAGAGAAUGCACAGUGUGUUUCAUGGAAUGUGUGUCAGUAUGUUUCAGUCAGUAUGUUUGUGUAUUUCAGUCUGCUUGGGUCUGUGUGUGUAUGUAUGGAACUGUGUGUGUAUGUAUGGGUAUGUGUCUGUGUCUGUGUAUGGGUCUCUGGGUGGCUGCAUGGGUCAGUGUCUGUGUAUGGGUCAGUGUGUCUUUAUGAGUCAGUGUGUGUGUGUAUGUAUUGGUCUGGGUAUGGGUCAGCAUGGGUCAGUGUGUGUGUAUGUAUGGGUCUGUUUGUGUGUAUGGGUCUCUGUGUGUGUAUAGGUCUCUGUGUGUAUAGGUCAAUGUGUGUCUGCAUGUGUCAGCGUGUGUCUGCAUGGGUCAGUGUGUGUGUCUUUAUGAGUCAGUGUGUGCCUGCAUGGGUCAGUGUGGGUGUCUUUAUGAGUCAGUGUGUGCCUGCAUGGGUCAGUGUGGGUGUCUUUCUAUAACGCAGCCAAAUUAGGAUGGAGCAACAAACUGAUACCAAAAAUGGCAGAAUGCUUGAUACAUGUUGCACCCUAAAUUUGUAAUAAUAAGCAAUUGUUGCAUUUUUUUUUAAAGCACCAAUAUAUUCCACACAGGGCUGGUGCAAGGAUUUUUGCCAACCUAGGCGGAAAAAAAAUUGCCACCCCAUUCGGUCCACCCACUCAUGCAGACUUACUUACACUGACCCAUACACACAUGUCAUGUGUUAUAUAAAUAUCUGCACUUUUGUAAUUUUAAUGGAUUUGGAAUUGAAUUGGAUAUUUGAAUUUAUGCUACUCAGGGAUAAUUUGUCUUUGGCUCCACCACCUAUUAAUCUAAUUUUUUGGAGUUCUUUUCUGCUUGUUUAGAACUCCUUGCUAGAGACAUCAUAUCACAAGAUACAAGUGAAACUAUGUAAUCUGCUACAUCUGGAUAUAUUUUGACUAUUUAUAGAUCUCUGAUAAAUACAGAAUUUAAGUAAAUUAAAAACUGUGACAGUAAGAGCCCCACACUAAAGGGGCAUGAUCACUGUGUUUAUCUCCCAUGUUUUCUAUAAGAAACCUCUGGCUCUCAUCACCUACCACUCCAUGCCAAACAACCGAGAGCAUCUCUCUUUAUGGGCCGUCCAAUGAGUCCAGCUGCGAGGACCAUAGCAAGACUCACGAUUCUCUGUAACUCCAGCACGGCUGGCUCCAUUACUGGGCCAACGUCCACCUCCAUUUUUCCCUCCAUUUUCAAACCAUUCAGGAGAGAGCUAAUUGAGGUACAAGAGACUAAGAGGAACAGGGGGGUCGCCCCUUUUUAGUCUGUGGGAGCUUCCGUUAUUUGACCGGCCAAAGCCCCAUUCAUUAUGGAACUCUUUUUGGGCAUAGACAUUGGCAGUGGCCAGUCAAAUCUUUACCCCGGUGGCAAUUUGUCACUUUUGCAUGGCUCCGAGCGCUAUUUUGACAACAUGGACAUUAGGAUCAGAGCUAUCUGAGGUUAUAUAAAGUGUUGGGGUUCCUGCUGUGUUUUGGGGAUAUUUUGUAUGGUACCCUCUGUGUCCAGGAGAUAAUUAGUUCAGCAAGAGAUAACACAAUUAUCUCCCAGACACAGAGGCACCACUGCAGGAUCAUUUGUUGUUGCAUAGGGACCCCAUGCUGGGGAUCCAUGUAUAAAUUACUGUGCUUGUGACAAUAAAAACAGUUCUGCUCCCAGCAUUAAGUCUUAGCUAAUGUAUGGGAGGGUAAAGCUAUAACACUGCUACUAAGCACUACAGCUACUCUGCAUUUCUAUAACACUGAGAGAAGUGGAAUCACUGGCGUUGAUACAACAGUGAUCCACCACAAAAAAGUAUUUUGGUAAAUUUAGGCGAAAAUAGCCUAGCCUUGUCUACAGCGAAGUAGAAGUAUAUUUCCAAAUCAGUACAUCUUGUCUAAACAUUGUUCACUAUUUAUUGACUUUUUUAUUGAAUACUAAUACCUUAAUACUUUACUGGUUAUAAUGAUGAUCUUCCUCUAAACUGUACAAUCUCUGUGUCAUAGGCUUUUUCCAAAUAAUGGAGAUAUCUUGAACUUCGCCUCGUGGUUUGGAUUUGCCUUUCCUAAUAUGCUUGUCAUGCUGUUCAUUGCUUGGAUGUGGUUACAGAUCUCUUUUUUGGGAUUUAAGUAAGUUUUUAUUUUGCUUUCAAGAGUGUGUGGAUGUCUGAUGAAUUUAUAUACACUAUUUUGAUGCUUAUUACAUAUAUUAUAUAUGUACUAUUAUAUUUAGCAUCAUAAUAUAUACUAUUAUAAUGCUUGUUUCACCAGAUUAAAUUUGAUAAUCCUUGUUUGUUGAAAUAUUUACAGAAAUAAAAUAUCAAUAUAGAAAUACUCAAUAUGUUCCAUUAUAUUGUAGAACAAUUUAAUUUAAUUUUCAAGGAAAACUGUCAGCUUCUGCAGUGCUCUGACCCCGAGUGCUACCAUUUAAAUGACCAGCAGUUGAGAGCAAUGAUUAACCAUCUGAAAAUCACUCUGCUUUGUCCAUCAUCACGUACAAAGACAAGUGAUCUUUUGCUGCUCAAAACUCAGAUUCACGUAAAUAGCAGCUGCGGGAUUUGACAGUGUUCCUUUAAAUGUCAUUUCCACCAUGGAAACAUCAAAGGUUGCAUUUCGAGAAAAAGUAAAUUAGAAAAGAAAAUGUUGCUUAUUUUAUUGACUAUUUCAAAUAUUUUUUUGUCCAUAGCUAAUCUAUUCAUAGACUGAGAUAUAAUGCACUUACUGAGAUAUUUCUCAAGUACUAUGUGAGAAUCAAAACUAAUUCUAUUAUUUCAUAUAUGUAAGAAAUAAGGUUCUUUCAGACUUUCAUGGUUGCUGCAUCUGCCAAACUUAAAUUCUUUGAGUUUUAUAUUUACUCCCUGGCAGCUGAAGGUAAUAUAAUACUGCAUUAUGAAUAAGCAUCUUGCUAUUGCAGUGCAGUCAUUUUGCUGAGAAGCACAAUGUUACUUCAUGCUAGUUUAUAUUUCCAUGAUUUCAGAGUGAAUAAGAAACCAUUGGAAGCUAUCUUUGGCAACUGCAGGUACACAAGCAACUCUGAUUUCUAUAUUUACUGAAGAAAGAUUUUUUUAAUUCUCUCCUGGUGUUAUGGAAACAUUGAAGUUAAAGCGUUAAAAACAAUUAUGCCUCAGACUGGAAAGGAAGUAGACUUGGCCGAAUAACAUAUAGAUUGUCCGAUAUGAGCAUUAAAGGGACACUUUACGCACCAUAACUAUUACAAGCUAUUGAUAUAAUUAUAGUGCAAGGGAGUUUCGGGUGCCUCUCCAUAUUUUCUGAGAAAUUGCUUUUGAGCAGGUUUAUAAAACUGGGGUUCUUCUAGAAUCCUAAACCCAGCCCUCUUGUAGCUGCUCAGAUUAAAACAGAUAUUUCACUUUCACAAUAAAAGCAGGAAAGAUGGAGUUAAAGGGUGACUAUAGUCACCAAAACAGCUUUAGUUUGAUGAAGACGUUUUGGUGUAUAGAUCAUGCCUCUGAAGUGUCACUGAUCAAUUCAUACUAUUUAGGAGUUAAAGCACUAUUCUUUCAGUUUAUGCAGCCCUAGCCAUACCUUCCGUGGCAGUAACUCACACAGCCUGCAUGAAAACAAUAUGUUUUCCUUUUCAAUCAGAUGUUAAUUUACAUUAAAAUUUUCUAUCUUCUGCUCUGUAGAUUUACUUUUAAUUAUCUACAAGAGGCUCCUGUAGGGUCUAGCAAGCUAUUAACAGAGCAGGAUUUAAUAAAUUCUACAUUAAACAGAAUUUACAAUAAAGGAAGUAUAAACAUUAGAUGACUCCUUACAGGAAAUGUUUAGGAAGGUUGUGCAAGUCACAUGUAGGGAGGUGUGGCUAGGGCUGCAUAAACAAAGUGAUUUAACUCCUAAAUGACAGAUAAUUGAGCAGUAAGACUGCAGGGGAAUAAUCUAUACGUCAAAACCACUUUACUAAGCUAAAGUGUCCCUCCCUUAAAAGCUCGGGAGGGCGGGAGAGGGGGGGUUAGCCUACCAUUAUACUCCUAAAUUGGAUAUGUUUAAAUGGAUAUUGGGUAAGUAAAAUAUCAGCAUUAUCUCCAUGACGAAUGUUUAGGGAGAGCCCCAAUUUUGGCAAAGUGAUUAAAAACAGUUGGACUAAAAAUGUUCCAAUUGCACCUAAAACUCAUUUUACCAUAACUACUACAAUAAGCAAUAAUUAUAUUGUUUAAUCUGCACUAGUAUUUUGUUUCAUUGGCCAUUUGAUUUUCUACCAAUUUCUAGUUUCUAAAGAAAAUCAAAUUUAAGCAUUGUUUCUUUACCUACCGUACACCAAGCAUCAUGGUGUAAAUAAAUGUGUUAUAAGCAUUGUUAUGCUAUAACUUGUACAUUUUGAUACUGGUCAUAUUAAUUAGGUUGAAGAAUAUUUUUGUUGUUUGAUAAUCUUGCUUUUCUGUAAGUUAUGUGAAAAAUAACAAAUAAUUAAAACCAAAAUGACAUGACAAGCAACACAACAAGACAAAUUAUGAUUUCAGUACUUAGAUAGAGAGAAAGUUAAAACAUCACAGGUUUAAAUGUACCAUGUCUAUAAAAGCAUUAAAAUAUAGGAAAUAUUGCCAAUGCAGUUCAUGCCAAACAAUAUUAUAGUGUCUUCUCCAUACCUGUUAGUCAAUCGAUAAAGAAAAAGUUGAUUUUAGGUUUUGUUGCAGUUUUGUUUUGUUUAUGUUAAUUCUAUUCAUUAGAACUUACAACUAACGGCAUUACAUUACUUUCUGUUUCACUCUUGUUCAUGUUGGCAUUCUCUUCCCGUUUGCUAUACAUCAAUGUGUGCUCUUUUAGAAUUCUUUUCUACAUUGUUCUAACUUUCUCUGUGUACUUUUAGGCUCUCUGUUCUAUGAUUCAGUUUUCUUUUCUGUAUCUUCUUUUUUCCUCUUUACAGGCAGAUCUGCUGGACUAAUUCAUGCCUGUGACAGUAGGUGGAAGAUAAGGGCGUUAAGAUCUUCUUCCUCAUAGACAACUUUUAUGUCUUCUACAAAGAGUAACCACCUCACCUUUUCCCCAUAUUAAGCUUAAAGAAGACAUGGGGCUGUGGAGCUACGAGAUCAGAGAAGGAACAAGCUGCAUAUAACAUAAUUCGCGAGGAACACCGCAAGCUGGGACCCAUUUCAUAUGCAGAGUCCAGUGUACUGUUUCUCUUCACUCUUCUGGUCAUCCUUUGGUUUACAAGAGAUCCUGGGUUUGUCAAAGGCUGGGCCACUGUGAUGUUCAAUAUGGAUAAUGUUGAGUAAGAGUUUCUAUAUUUUGUUUUCCACUGUAUUCUACUUUUAAAGAGUGUACUUUUUCUUAUGACUCAGAGGGUUUAAAGGAGGAGAUUAUAUUUAAAGAAGACAGACUACCACAACAAGAGGACAGCGGCAAAGGUUUAAAAAUAAUAUCAGGAAGUAUUACUUUACUGUGAGGGUAGUGGAUGCAUGGAAUAGUCCUCCAGCUGAAGUGGUAGAGGUUAACACAGUAAAGGAGUUUAAGCAUGCGUGGGAUAGGCAUAAGGCUAUCCUAACUAUAUGAUAAGGCCAGGGACUAAUGAAAGUAUUUAGAAAAUUGGGCAGACUAGAUGGGCCGAAUGGUUCUUAUCUGCCAUCACAUUCUAUGUUUCUAUGUUUCAUCAUCCAACAUGGCAUUACAGACAUAAAUGAAUCACUAGAGUCUAAUUUGAAUGAAGAUAACUCUGCAAAAACAGAGUGCUAAUUUUCCAAAUGAUACGAUUAGAAACUGCGAAUGUAAUGCCUUUAAGAAACUGCACCUUGUGUAUAUUAAAAUGUAGUUCUGGAACACAUUGUUAAAAUGCUAAUUUAUGGUUUGUACAGAUCUUAAAAACCUUUUUUAUGAAUAGAAAAGCAUUAUAUUGUGCAAUGCAACCACAACAGUUUUCCAUUUCAAUUAAUAUUAUACAAUUAAUAUUAUACAGAAAAAUGUAAUGUACAAUUUGUAUGGAAAUUUGCCAUUUUAGUGAAAUUUGCUACAAACACAAAAGAACCCACCAUCAUCCUCAUAACAGUAAAUCUUAUAAAGCACUUUGCAGAAAAUAGAACGCCAAAAAGGGGUGCAGGAAGGAACAUCAUUAUUACAAAUUAAAAUGUAAACGCAGACCACACUGUUUUGGUCACUUGUUAUUUAUCGACUUGUGAAUUUACUUAUUUUGUGUUGUGAGCUUGUCAGAUGAAGGUAGUACAAAAAGCUAACAGUGAAAUUAAAAUGAAUCAUUAAUUCCUUUCUCCAUUGCAGGUAUGUGACAGAUGCCACAGUAGCUGUGUUCGUAGCGGUCCUCCUUUUUAUAUUGCCAGCUUCCAAACCUAAAUUUAGCUACUCCAGUAGCAGUAACAGCUUUGACUUUGAUGAUCUAGAACAAGGUACUUUCUCUUAAUUCUUUUUAAUAGUAUAUAUUUGGAUGAGAUGACUAUGGGAAUUUAUACCAUGAUGUAGCCUGCAGCUGCUACUAUCCUAAUAGGUCCAGUUAUAUUCACUAAAAAUGAUCAAUUGGAUGCAUUUAACUAAAAUUGUUUCUCAAAGGUCACUACUCUUUUCAAUAAAACUUCCAUCCAGUAUAUAUCAGUAUCCAUCCAGUAUAUCUGUUCUAUAAAAUUACGAUCAAAUUGAUGACAGAAUUAAUGUAAAAAUGUUAUGUUUCAAAAAAGAUACAUCUCACAUCUUUUCUGGUAGUAGCUCAGAAAAUACUUUUCUGAUAUAAAUGUAUUUGCAUAUGUAAUAUUUCCUGUUAAAAUCAAUGAAUCCCAUUGAAUGUGAAAGCUUCAGGAGCUCAUUCAUCAUAUCGAAAUAUUUUGAAAUAUUUCCCCUCCGACUUGAGGUCCCAUGAGCUGCGAUAAAAGCAUGAUUGUAGUUUGACAAUCAAUAGUACCAACAGUAUAAGAGUCUUAUACUGUUGGUACUAUUGAUUGUCAAAAUGCAAUUAGUGGAGGCUCGUCCAUUGAGGGUGGACAUCACCUGUCCCCUUUUGAAAAUCUAUUCUAUUGGCAUUGUAAGGACUACUGAGUGUGUUUUAGAAAAAAAAACAUGUCUGUCAUGAUUAUAUCAGUGGUCUACAUCCUUCCCUUUAUUGGGGUUCAGUGCCAUUCUAUACGGUACAUUAUCAUUGGCUGUAGAUUUGCUGAGUGCACUUACUAACAAUCUCAUUCUUUUUGUAGAACAGAUGAUUACAUUUUGCUCUCCACCAUUAUUGACAUGGAAGGUAGUUCACAAGAAGAUGCCAUGGAGCAUUGUACUCCUCCUUGGUGGAGGUUUUGCCUUGGCCAAAGGAAGUGAUGUAUGUCGGUUUUGUUUUUUGUUUUGUACUUUUUAUUUCAACUCCUUUUUAUAUAAAGAUGUAAUAUAUAUUCAUUUCCUUUAUUCAUUAUUAGCAUAGCACUCUAUAGCAUAUCACUCAGAAAAUAUUUUUAUAGAACCUAAGAUGAAAUGGACUUUUUUAUGCUACAGCAUAAUAGACAAUAAGGUAUAUGAGUGGUGGCAUGAAUUUGGGACAUAGAACGGAGCAUAGAAUGCUAAUGGUAAACAUGCACCCAGUAAGUUAACUAUCCCGGGUUAUUCUGCAAUGCAACAGGAAUCUAAAUGUCUCCUCCUAUACAAAAUGCUAUAUAGUAUUAGUAGUAUUAUAAGGCAUUAAUUUACUAUUAGGCUGUUACUAUAUAUAUAUAUAUAUAUAGAGAGAGAGAGAGUCACACACACACACUUUUUUUUUUUUAAAUGUUUUUUACUUCUGCUAUUCUAAUUCAAUAAGUCAUAUUUCUAUAGGCAUCUGGUCUGUCUUACUGGCUUGGACAGCAAAUGACACCAUUACACUCCAUACCAGCUUGGUCCAUUGCAGUCAUCUUGUCACUGAUGAUUGCAGUCUUUACAGAAUGCGCCAGCAAUGUUGCCACGGCUACUCUCUUCUUGCCUAUCCUUGCAUCCAUGGUAAGAUAAUAUUGCAUGUAUAAAUGAUUUACAUACUAGUAUUUUAUUUGAUUCCAUGAACGAUUACCUGCUAAGUAGAAAGGUGAACAUGGAAUUUCCAUGCAGCUAGUCAUUGAGCCAGAAACUAAAAACUGGCCAGUUAUUUUAUCUAUUUUAUUAAGAAUGAUUUUGUAUUUUAUACAUUGUAUUUUUCUACAAACAUCCUUCAUACUUAACUGUCCUCAAUAGAUUUACUACCACAUUACAGUGAUUUAAAAGAAAUACAAUUAUAGUUUGCAUAAAGGGAGGGACUAUAUUUAAAAGAAGAAAAACUACCCCAAAAAGAGGACAUAGUCUUAAAUUAGAGGGGCAAAGGUUUAAAAAUAAUAUCAGGAAGUAUUACUUUACUGAGAGGGUAGUGGAUGCAUGGAAUAGCCUUCCAGUUGAAGUGGUAGAGGUUAACACAGUAAAGGAGUUUAAGCAUGUGUGUUUAUGUAUUUUUUUUUUCUAUUCAAAUUAAAAUGUAUCAGCUAUACGAUAUAUCUUUAAUGGUGAUAAUUGUAUUUAUCCGAACUAGUAAGUGGCUUAAAUAGAUUGGUUCUAAUUUAAUUGAGGUCAUUGCAUUGAUACAUUUAAUCAAAUGCAUCAAUACAACUAAACUAUAUACAUUAGAUUUUUAAUAGUUAAUGAAAAAGGUCUAAUUCCCAACUUAUGGACAUUUGUUAGGAAUUUGAUGAUAAUGCAACUUGAUAAAGACACCAGAAAGCAAAAAUGACUUGUGACUUGUGUAUAGCGUCAUAAUGCAAAUGUAGAUAUAGUUAGAAAGGCCAUCUGAACUACACAGGACAUUGCAGCCAACUUUUGCAAAUAAUUCUUUCAAUGUACUAAGUGUGCUUAGAAAUCUCCAUUGUCUGUCUGCCAAAAUGCAAACAGAAUGUUUUACCUACAAAAGUAGAUGUUGGUUAUGGAAGAAGCUAUUCACAAAUAUGUAGAGGAACAGAAUGGAGCUUUAGCAUAGAACGUGUGUUACUCUGAAGAAUGAGAUCCUGCACUGGAGUAAAAGGGAAAGUAAGUGAGACAGUUUGGGCUCAAUUUCUUUAUGGAUUAAAAAAUUAGACAAGCAGGAGUCACAACAUCCAAUGGACUCUGUACCUCUGCUUGUGAGCGUUGUAGGGUAAUUAGGGCAUAACCCAACUGGAAUAUGAUUAGAAAACAAAUGGAGAAAAUCCCACAAGUGGAAACCCACAAAGCCCUCCAUUUCUUUUCUACUCUUUAUGACUUACUUUAUUAUUGCAAUUAAUACAAUUUUCAGUUAGUCAAUUUAUUGUGUGUUUCUCUUUAUUGACAGGCACAAUCCAUCCACGUAAAUCCUUUAUAUAUUAUGAUUCCCUGUACGCUCAGCACGUCUUUUGCAUUCAUGCUUCCUGUGGCAACACCUCCAAAUGCCAUUGUAUUCUCAUACGGACAUCUUCGAGUGUCAGAUAUGGUAAUAUUGACUAAAUAUUGUAUUACACUGUCUUCUAAAACAUGAUAUACAUCAGUUUUUGUCGAUCCUUACACAAUUUAGCAUCCAGUCAGUAGAAAAAUCUUUUUGUAUAGGUUGUAUAAGUGCAAAGUGCCAAAAAAUUAUAUUUUAAGUUUUUACGUGUGUAACACUGUGGUAGGUACUAUUAUAGUCUUAUGGUUGACAUCAGCUUUCUAAGCAUUAUUAUUCCCCCUUUUAGUAUGUAAUGGUAGCAGUGAGGUGACUGUAUAUAGUUGUACCGUGUUCUGUAUCCUGUAUUGGGCCUCAUAUAGAGAAGCAUGCGUAGUAGCCCCAUUUGUUAACUCUCAUUUCUCAAUGUUGUGUUACAUAAUUUGAAUUAAUGUAUCAAUGGCAUACUGCAUUAAAACCAGGGUAUCAUCCUUACCCUUAGGUGUCAUUUAUCAAACUUAUUAUUGAAACAUUGUUCCUGUUUUUGAGUGCAAACAAUGGCAAACUACAAUUCAGAAGUUAGUGAAUAAAUGUCUUAAUUAUUGUCCUAUAUGUAUUUAAUCCCAUACUGCCUGAAGCAAACGUUCAUUCUUUCAAAAUGCUCUAACCACCAACACAUAUUGAGUGGAAUUUUAUUGUAUAAUUAUUGGUCUUUAAUAUUUAUAAAGAAGAUACGUCGCAAAAUAGGUCUCCCAUUCAACAAAAACAUCUGAAUGUAAUCUGUGAGAUGAUUUAAAGUACUAGCAUUGAUAGGAAGGGUCAUUUUGCAUAUGAACACAAUUUUAAUCUUAAUUAUUGUUUUUGAUUGCAGGUGAAAACUGGUAUUGUGAUGAAUUUUAUUGGUGUUAUAUGUACUACAAUAGCCAUCAAUAGUUGGGGCCGUCCCAUGUUCAACUUGAACACUUUCCCUGCUUGGGCCAACAACACCGGUGGGAACUAAUAUCUAAAAAGAAGAUUCAAACUUGGAAACCAUUUAUUCACAACAUACAGAGGCAUAUUAUGGACAUGUUUAAUAUUUAAGGUCAUUAGUUUGCCAUAUUCCAGCUACAGAAGAGGAUCUUGAAGGACACAUUAUAGUGAACCAUUUUCAUCAGUCCUCUUUCAUGAAAAAUCGAGAACAACACUACAAAGACCCAAAAGAGCAGGAGCCAAACUACUGCUACAGAGAUGCCAUGACUCGACCACAAAAUGAACUUUGCUACGAGUUGACAUCCACUGGAAUGCAGCUGUCACUGAUUAUUUAAUAGGAAUCACCACAAAUAAUGCGUUCAUUUGUAUACUGUUACAUUGUACAUAAAUUGUUUAAAGGCCUUGGAUGUAUUGUUCAACCAAUAGUAUUUCCAUUAAUAGGAAAUGGAUAUUGGAUCUAUUUUUUAUCAAAUCAGGGAACUUCUAGAAUAACAUAUUAGCAUAUUAGUAACACAAUAUAUAUUAACAAGAUAAUAAUAUUAAUACAGGUUUCUUCUUCCAGCAUUUACAUGAGUAGGGAAACACCGACGAUACUUUAACACCAACAAGAAUAUGAUGUCUGAUGUUCAGAUACUAAUAUACUAAUACUGUUCUCGCUCAUAGGUUGGAUCCAACUAGAUCAACAAAGUACAACACAUGCACACAAAGUGUUGGUAAAGGUCUACUUGUGACACUCCUUAUUUCCUUAGACUGCAGAGCACAUGGUGCAGACUUCUGGUCUGUUAGUAAGAAGAGCUUUAACACACUUACAAAACAUAGCUUACAUGUUUGAAAAUUUGAGUGUAUGAUCCGUGAGGGAGGACCACUCACAGGGCAAGCUAAUAAACUUUGGUUUUGAUUAAAUUUUCUGUUUUUGCGCAAGUGAGAUAUAUUGUUGGAACAGAGCACCUUCAAAUAGGUUUAGAUGACUCAUUCAGCUUGUCCUCUAUCUCAAAUAACCAAUUACUGCUGAAGAGUUAAAAUAUUGUCCACACCUCAGUCGUGAAAAAACUCACUUGACCACAAGUGCACGCAGCCUUUCUCCUCUGUAAUUUUCUAGAAUGAUGCCACCAAGAUGUUCUAAAAUGUUGUUUAACCCCAUAAUUAUACUGAAACCACAGCAUAACUCAGGAUUGCAAAAACUAAGAAAAUCGAAUCAGAUGCAGAAGUACCGCCAAUGCAGCCAUACCAGGGCCCAGAGGGUUUGGGUGGCCCUUUAGAUGCUGCAGCAGGGAUAUGAUGUCAUUAUAUCCCGCUGCGCUCAAAAUCAUACAACUGAGGGAGAGCAAGGGAUCACAGGGGCAAAUGUGGGGAAGUGCUGAAGACAAGUGGCAAAGGAGUCAGGAGUAGCAUGCCUGACAAUGUUGAGAUCUACAGCUAUAUAUGUGUGAAUGUGUGUUUGUGUGUGUUGUCUGUGACUGUAUUUGUAACAGUGGGUCUGAGUGUCUAUAUGAUUUUUGUAUUUGUAUAACUGUAACAAUGUAUGUCCUUUAGUGUAAUUGUGCUUUUUGUAAUUUAGUGUAAUUGUGUGUGUCUGUGUUAUGUGUGUAUCUCUGUUGCGUGUGUUUCUGUGAAUGUAUGCCUCUGUGUAACUGAGUGUAAUAACGGUAUGAGUUUGUGUCCUUAUCUGUGAAUGAGCUCUGUGUUACUGUGUCUCUAUGUGUGUAGAACAAAACAAAUGGGGAGAAAAUGUUUACAGGUAUGAAAGUGGGGAACAUUGGUUAUUUGGUGGUUGUUUGACUUACUUGCUGUGGGGAUGUGUUCUUGUAAAUUAGUGAGAGAGAGUUAAUUGAAUGUAAUUAGUGGGUUUUAGUUGAGGAGGGAGGGUUAAUUGCAGAGCAGUGAGGGGAAUAAUAUUGGGUAGGAAGGGAAUUUUUAACAGGGGACUAUGAGGAAGAAUUCUGGGGGGUGGGGGUGGGAGGGAGUCAACUAGUUGACUCUUGCCAUGUGAUUAUUGACGAGGAGGUCAUAAUUGGCUGGGGAUUUGGAGAAGUGACUUGCAGGGAAUAGUUGUUAAUUGGCUGCAGGCACCAGCUUGUAGCGCUCUGAUAAUGAAUACUAGAUAUUUCAUAUGAUUUGGUAUGGUAAUGCAAAAGAAUGAACUUUGCAAUUUUACCAUAUCAACUCAGACUGGAAGCAGCACAGGUGCCAAGCAGGGUUAUUUGUAAACAGUAUGACAGUUUACCGUUGGACAGUGCCAAGGGACAUCAACCACCAUAAACACUAGAACACAAUGUACUGGAUAUGAUUUUUAGAAUACUCCAUUAAGUGCAUUGAAAGAAAAGUGUUUGGGGGUGGAUUCUUGCACCCGGGACAUCAAGCACCAUAACUACUACAGCACAAUGUACUGGUUAUGAUGUUUAGUGUGUGAGUGUGUGUGUGUGUGUGUGUGUGUGUGUGUGUGUGUUGGGGGAGAGGAUUUGAACACCGGUUCAUUAGCUCCACCAUUGGAAUCAUUGAUAAAACAAUAAUUGUUCUCUUACCCAAGUGCCUGUAAACCAUAUUAAGUCAUUUCCAAUUUCAGCUCCAAGUAUAGGGAAAAAGUGAAGCAGAAGUGGAUUAAUUUUAAGAUGUGUUUAUUUUCUUAGAAAUGUAGUGCCUGAUUGUUUUACUGAGCCCAGCAGUAAACGGAUGCUAAAUUAACCUUCUAAUAUGAGAUUGUGUACAUAAAAGAUUUACAUAAAUUAUAUGAAUAUAUUUCUUUAUGAAUUUACAAGUAGAGUUUCUUAAAGGACCAAAGUAAUUGCUUAGAUUAAUGUAUGCAAAUCAAGUGUAUUUUAUUAUCAGUCCUCAGGGAAGACAUCUGAAACUGUUUUACCCUGAAUGAAUGAGUCCAGGUGAUAGAGCUAUUGAAUAAGGAUUCAUUUUAUAAAUAUUACACUUUAAACUGUGAGUUACAGCGACAAGGCAAGACGGCAGUGUCAUUAAAGUAAUCAGCACAUCUCUGCCCUUUCAAAGAAUUUCGCUUUGUAAGUGCUAUUCCAGUGCCUUACCUAAGACCACCAUGAAUAUGUAACCAUAAAGAAUGGAUCAAGCACAAAAUCAGUUAAAUCUGUUAUAUUACAUAUCUGCAGUUAUAUUCCUCAAUAUACAUAAACUGACGUUUAAUAGUAUGAAUUACGUUCAUUUUUAAGAGUAUUGUGGUGUAAUUGCAAAAUUAAAGCCAACAUAGCAGAGUUGCCCACUGGGACUCUGUAAUGGUAUAUAUUAGAAGAGUUCUGUUUUUUGGUUUUUUUUUGCUGCAGAUUAGGCUUAUCCACUAACGUGAGAAUUGUUGUGAACUCAGGUAAAUUCAAAGUGGAUUUCAAACUUUAGAACAAAAAUAGUCAAGCUGGAAGCAUAGCUGCCUUGAAAAAAGUUUUCCAAUUCAUUAAUAUUUGCUUUAACUUCCUGAAAGAUUUCACUUUAGUGAAUAACCCGUAUCCAUCCAUUAAAGGGACACUAUAGUCAUCAGAACAACUACAGCUUAAUGUAGUUGUUCUUGUGAAUAUAGCCGGUAUCUGCAGGUUUUUUGCAGUAAACACUGCUUUUUCAGAGAACACAGCCGAGGAACACCUCUUGUGGACACUCCUCAGACAGCCACUAGGGGCAGUGCGGCACAAUGUGCUCCAUACUCUGCAUGGAGACGCUGAACUUUCCCCAUAGAGAUGCAUUGGUUCAAUGCAUCUCUAUGACGGGAUGCUGAUUGGUCAAGGCGGUGUUUGGCUCCGCACCUGGCCCGCCUCCUUGGCUGAGAUCAUCAGAUUUUCUCAGCCAAUCCUAUGCUUUCCUAUGGGAAAGAACUGUGCUUGGGUGAGGCCAUCAAUCUUAUGAUGUCAGCCAAAAAGGUGGAUCGGGGGUAGAGUCUGCACAGGUAGACCAGCGCGGCGUCUGAAAUAAGGUAAGUUUUCUAGUUAUUUAAGGGGCAGUUUUUUAACACUAUAGGAUAAGCAAUACACUUUUGUGUUUCUGACCCUAUAGUGUUCCUUUAAUUUGUCGUUUUAUCAGUUCAAUAUAAUAUGUGUUUACCAAACUAAAAGGUGACUGUUGUCUCCUUGUUUGGUGGAAGACAGAGUCCCUUUUAUACUAUAUCUAUUGAGCAUAAGUACAUAUUUUCCAGCAUGUUAAACAAUAAGAUUUAAGCCAAAUUCCUAAUGUGCCCAGAGUGUGCUAUGCAUAAAUAUAUACAUUAUAUGGCAAGUGCCUGCCAUAAUAAUUUGAGAGAUAAUUAUAUUCUAAUGUACUCGACAGAUCCAUACCAAUAUCGAGUGUGUGCCUAAUUCAGCAUGCAUAUCUUCUUAGUAAACCAAGCUUAGAGUUCUAUAUUUUAGGAUUUCUGUUUGUUAAAUAAGAUUUGUUUUCAUUGAUAAUUCAUGAUUAUAGAUGCUGCUAUGUAAAUAACCAUCACUCUGUUUGUAAAAGAUAUACAGGGAGUGCAGAAUUAUUAGGCAAGUUGUAUUUUUGAGGAUUAAUUUUAUUAUUGAACAACAACCAUGUUCUCAAUGAACCCAAAAAACUCAUUAAUAUCAAAGCUGAAUAUUUUUGGAAGUAGUUUUUAGUUUGUUUUUAGUUAUAGCUAUGUUAGGGGGAUAUCUGUGUGUGCAGGUGACUAUUACUGUGCAUAAUUAUUAGGCAACUUAACAAAAAACAAAUAUAUACCCAUUUCAAUUAUUUAUUAUUACCAGUGAAACCAAUAUAACAUCUCAACAUUCACAAAUAUACAUUUCUGACAUUCAAAAACAAAACAAAAACA